GAAGUAUUUGCUCGCACGUCCCCUAAUAAACAAAGACCAUCAAUAAAUAAUGUAGCGUAGCCAAUCUGUCAACAUGAAUAAUCCCCAUUUUUAAAUCACCAUUCUCCCUUAAAUUUCUUAUUUGUCCACUUUGUCUUUCAUUUUGUGUAUUAAUCUACCUAGCUAAACCCAUUUAAUUACAUGCUUAGAUUAGAUACUAUAGCCACAUUAAUCAUCAUCAUACACAUAUAUAAUAAGAUCAGCUUCAAGAGAGUCAAGAUAAUUAGUUACACCCACCACACAGUAACGAGCCAACCCCAACUCCAAAUCUCAAGAAAAUGAAAAGUAAAUUCAAAAAUCCAUCAUAUACUGAUGAUCAACAAGAAGACACUGACACAUCUCAAGAUUCACCUCCUUCUUCCACCUCAUUUAACAUCGAUGCCUCACUCACUUCCCUCUCUUCUACAUCAUCUAAGAAAAGCAAGCGAGCCAUACAAAAAAGGGUGGUGCAAAUCCCAAUCAGCGAACCUAAAGGAUCAAGACUAAAAGGAGAGAGCAAUACUCCACCGUCUGAUUCAUGGGCAUGGAGAAAAUACGGUCAGAAACCCAUCAAAGGUUCCCCAUAUCCCAGAGCUUACUACAGGUGUAGCAGUUGCAAAGGUUGUCCAGCGAGGAAACAAGUGGAGAGAAACCGAGUGGACCCCACAAUGCUCGUCAUAACUUACUCCUCAGACCACAACCACUCAUGGCCGGUUUCAAGAAAUGCUGCAACAAGACUCUCUGUCAAGAAAACCGAACCAGGCCCGGUUGAACCGGACCAAAAAUUUGCCGGCCACUCGAUUGUGGACGACGAGUUGGGGUGGUUGGGAGAGAUUGACACAAUAACAUCCUCUGCUAUUCUAGAGAGUCCAAUUAUGGCGGAGUUUGAUGCUGACAUGGCAUCCGUGUUGUUGCCGAUGGGGGAAGAGGAUGAGUUGCUAUUCGCUGAUCUUGGAGAAUUGCCGGAGUGUUCCACGGUGUUCCGGCAUGGUUUGUUCGACACACGGCGGUUAACGGCUCCGUGGUGUGGGACCACAACUUGACAAAUUGGUGUCCCAUUUCACACGUUCUUCAUGCAUCUACACAAGAAAAAGAUACAUUCUCAUUAUUUUUCCUUCUUUUCUUGUUUUCACAUUGUCCUUAUUUUAUAUUUGAUUAAAAAUUCAAUUUGAUCUAUCACAAUAAUUUCGUGGUCCAAUCAAUCCUUGCAAAAAAUAAUACUAAUGUUAGUCAAUGAAAGAUAAAUUAAUUUAUGUAUAUUUAUAAUAAUGUGUUAAAAAUUGACUCUAAUUUGUACUCAAUAUAGUGUUAUUUUUUUUAUGAAGGAUUGGAUUGGGUCAGUAGCAAAUUGUGGGGAGUAAAUUGAAUUUUUAUUCUUUUAAUUUUUCAUCUCAUUGAGAUGAGUAGAAAAAGGAAAAAGAAACAAGGGUAGGUUUGUUUGAGUGUGAAUGGGAUGACAAUUGAGAAGUUAUGCACAACUUGAGAACGUGGUUUGUAUGUAAUUAGCUUAAUUUGGUCGUAGUUAUGCACAACUUGCGCCAUGUUACUUUCAAAGAUGUUAGUUAUGUUUUGUGGCGGCACCCAUUUCUUA